GAGAGAGAGAGAGAGAGAGAAAACAUUGAGAAAGAAAAAAACUAGGAAAGGAAAACUGAGAAAGUAAGUUAGUAAGUAACCGAGUAAGUGAGCGAGUGAGUGAGUGAGUGAAUGAAUGAAAGAGAGAUUAAGAAUUGGAAAGAAAGAUAGAGAAAAGAAAGAAUGAAGAAAGAUAGAUUGAUAGAUAGAUAGGUGAAGGAGGAGGAGAGUGAAAAAAGAAAGACAGAGCUGGCGAGGGGAAUUGAGAAAGAUGAGGAGGAUAGACAGACAAAGCUAUGUAUUUGUAAACGUGUUUAAAGAGAGCAGCCGCUAUACAUUUACAAAGUUUAUCAUGUAAAUACAUAAAAUUAAACAUUCUAUACUAAUCCAUAAAAGUUCACGAGUUCACUUAUAACACUUAAUUUAUCACGGUGAAAACUUUUCUCCGUCUAUCUAUUUGUCUGUUUGUCUGCCUUUCUCUUCCUCUCACUCACUUUUGCCUUCACUCGCCAACCAUCCCAUCAGUUUGAACAUCUAUUCAUGUCAAUAUAGAAAUAUGCACAGUAUAUUAUUAGCUUCUAUUGGUAAAUACAAACUAUGUACACGGCGAAAUGCAUUUUUACAUUCUUAACAAAUUCGUAUUCCAACACAUAUUUCCAAAUAACGUACUUUUCUAUAAAUAGAUUUUACUACCUACUCUAAUAUACGUACGUAUAUUGUAAUUUAUUACGCGCGCAGGCACCUAUACAGCACAGGCGGCCAUCAUGACGACUGGAUAGGAUAGGAGGCGUUCUUAUCUCAUAUCAUAUCUUUCAAUAUAAAGGAACCCGGGCCUCUCUUCCUCAUGGAUCUUUUACUUGUACUGUUACAGUCAAUUCCGACGUAGGUCGGUCUAUCUACAGCGGUCUUAUGCCUCAUUUAAAAGUAAACGCCGACCAUUCCUUUAUUGCAUCUUUGUUUUCUCUUCAUCGUGAUAAUCUACCGAAUAUCGUAAAAUCCGAAUGGGAGAGAUUAGCGUCUAAUCCGCCUUUUUCCAGCAGCGGAUCAACAGAUAAGAAAGAUGAAUAUUACAAAUAUUACUAAUUUGACCGAUUUGGAAAAUGUCACGAUCAAUUUUAAGGUGGAAGAGAGUCAUUCAAUUUCCAUCAAUUAUAAACUACCGGAAAUGAUAGUUGUUGCAGUUGUUUUAUUUUUAAUGGUUAUUGGAACUGCAUUUGGUAAUGCAUUAGUGGCCGUUGCCCUAUUCAAAUUCAGGUCUCUACGAACUAUUUCUAAUUAUCUUAUUGGAAAUUUGGCUUUAAGCGACUUUCUCUUGGCGGUUACAAUUUUGCCCUUUUCGGCCUUGAACGAAGUCCUAGGCUAUUGGAUCGUUGGUAGCAUACUCUGCAAUUUCUGGUUGACUGCAGAUGUUUUAUACUGUACAGCAUCGAUCUGGAAUCUCGCUUUUAUUGGACUUGAUCGUUAUACAGCAACACUCUAUCCAGUUUGGUAUAGGGAAAAACGGAAUACAAAACAGGCUGCUAUUUACAUAACAACCGUAUGGCUCUUAUCCAUAUCUAUAUCAGUACCUGCACUUCUCGGCUGGCAGAACAUAUCUGCUAAUUACAAAUAUCAGACUGACAAAAAUGUUUACACAUGCGAACUAUUUGAUACUCAAAGCUAUGUAUUAUACUCAGCUUCCGGUUCAUUCUUUAUUCCUUUCCUAAUAACUGUUUUCCUCUAUAUUCGCAUCUUUAUGGUGCUAAGAAAGAGAAUGAAAAAGAUGAAGGCUGCAAGAGAAGGCCUAAAGAGAAGAGCGAAGGAACAAAGUGCUAUGAUUAAACCUCCAAAAAUUGAAUUAGAAACUAUGGAUGGUAAGAAAGAAGCGAGUAGCGAUAGUCAGGAUAUGGAAUUUACGCAUUUAAGGGUCUCCAGCACAGCCGUUCCGAGUAGCUCGGAAACCGACGCCCGCAACGGCAUGAAAGACCAAACUCAAACUGAUGAUUCUCUCGUUAUGCUGAACCCUAAUCAUUCGGAUAACAACCAAACGAAGCCUAAAUUACUCUUUUCCAAUUUAAAACUGUCUAACCCCUUCAAAAGUAGCAAAGGAAAGCACAGACCUUCCGAAAAGAAACGCUACGAUCAGAAGGAAGUUAGAGCAACAAUUCGAAUGGCUAUCAUCAUUGCCUGUUUUUGCGGCUGUUGGUUAGGAUUUUUCGUCAUCUACGUCGUCAAAUCUUGGUGUCCUAAUUGCCCGAUUCCUAGAAUUAUCGACUCUUUCUUUUUCUGGUUAGGUUAUGCUAAUUCGAGCAUGAACCCGGUGUUGUAUACCAUUUUUAAUGAUGACUUUAGAAAAGCUUUUCAAAAACUGUUGGGCUGUUAUAAAAAAGCCUCACAUGUCGGAAGGAUAAGGCAUUGAACCUUUUAAUCUUUAACAACCAUUUUUUCCUAAAACCUUUUUUUCCCACCCUGCCUCCCUGUCUCCCUCCCUAACCCUUUUCCCAUGCCUUAAUAUUUCUGUUUCUUGUUCUUGAUUAUUUACUUUUCUUUUCCUGAUCGCGUUCAUUCGUUCAUUCGUUCAUUCAUUCAUUCAUUCAUUCAUUCAUAUACUGUAUUCAGUCUUGAUGUAUCUUUCUGUCGGUUUUUUUUCCCUUUCCUAUGUUACACUGUAUAUUCAUUUCUUUCAGUUGUUUUCGAUAUCAUCUAUAUAAGUGUAUGUUUAUAUAUCAUAUAUAUAAAUACUGUAUACUGUACAUAUAAAUAUAUAUACGUCUCUGCAUAUAUUAUAUACAAUAUAAUGUAUAAGUAAUAAUAUUACAGUACAUUUUCUUCCGUUUCAUAUCUCUUACCUCCUUCCAUUCUUGUAGGAAUUUAUUAAACUUUUUAAUAUCUUUUUCUCUCUCUCUCUCAUUUCCUUCUACACGCAAUCGCUGUUGUCACCAACAUCGAAAAUAUAACUCUUAACGAUAAUGAUAGCAUAUAAUAAAAUCUAUUGUAUAUUAUAUAUGUAUUAUUAGUAGUAUUAGAGGUAUUCUUGAUCGUCUUAGCCACGUUUACCACGGUCACAAUUGUCGUCAUCGUUAUCGUCACCAUCAAAUCGAUCAUCUCGGAAAAUAAACCACAAUGUCUUCCUCAUAUACUGUAUUUUCUCUUUGUACAUAUACUGUACAUAUUAUCAGUAAUAUACCAGACAAUAAAACAUUUAUUCAAUUGUCAAACAAUACAACGAAAUACUGUUUGUAGCUUUUAGUUUUACAUCUACAACGUAAAUUUUAAUCAGGAUCAGGGUAGAAUAACCGAAACGAGGGUGCGAAUCAGAGAAAAAGCAUGAAACAACGAGUGACUGAAGGAGAGAGAGAGAGAGAGAAAUGGAAUAAAUUACGCAAUACGUUCUGAAUAAAACCUUUUCGGUUAAACGUUUGUAUAGAAUAUUAAUUAAGUUGUAUAAAAGAGAGAGAGAGAGAGAAAGAGAGAAAGGGAAGCCUAAAAGAAAGUAAAAAAGAAAAAAAUAAAAGUAAUAUAUGCCGUAUGUAAACUGUGAAUAAUAUCAAGUUAAAAUAAACUUUUUCUUUCUUUCCAAUAUACUCAUAAUAAACCAUUCUCUAUCGUUCUCUUCCCUCUUCUCCUUUCUCCCUCUUUUUUCACUCUCAAAGGAAAAUAAAUAAUGAGAAAUAUUGGGGGAAAAUUUUCUUUAUUUUUUUAAAACUAAUUAUUAUUUCUCUUCCUUCCUUCCUCGCUCCCGCCCUCUCUCUCCUUCCCUGCCUCCCUCAUCUUUCUGUAUACAUCAUUCGUUCAUUCAUUCAUUCACUCUUCCUUUCUUUCCAUUCUUUCUCUUCCUGACAAUUCUCUUGCUUUCCAAAUUAAUUACAUAUACAACGAAU